CACACAGCUGUUUUUCUCGAUUUCAGGGUUAUGACAGAAUGGAAGGGAGUGGGCGUAUUCCUUGAAUUGCAUUUCGAAAAAGUUUAACGAAAAGAUAAUCCUUGUCGUUAUUUCUCUGGAACAAAUCUGGAUGCGCCACUUAUUAUGCUUACGACCAAUAGGAUUUAACUAAAUAGUUUACGUUUAAACUUUAACCCUAAGGUAGCUGGCUGCAGUUCAUACAUACAGUUUAUGGUCUUGUUUAUUGGCCGACGCUCUCAGAAGUUCAACGAAUGCCAUGCGGAUUCCCAUCGAAAAGUGUUGUUUUACAGGGGGAAAUCAGAGAGUGGCGCCUCUGACACUGGAAGUAAAGUAUCUCUGUGUGUAAUACUUAUAUGGUAUUUUUCAUUUCAAUCUACUUCAUGGAGGAAUGUGCAUGAUCUGUUCCAUAAUCGAUUGACGUGGGGACCUCCGGGGACUGGCAGAGAAAACCUGGAUGACUGGAGAGUUGGCACUACGCUGAGCCUCGCAGUACAGUAAACCCAGACUCAUGCUUUUGUUUAUAGACUUUCACCUGAACAACGUUUUGGAUGCAUAUUUCAACAAUGUUGCGACUGGCCUGUAAACAAAUAAAGCGGACGUGCGGUAGGCCCAACUUGUGUUUCCGAAAACUCAAGUGGUCCUGAAUACGAUUUUUGUCAAAAGAAUAACCAGCGCCAGGUGAACGUUCACAAAAUAACUGUUCCAGCACCCGAAUUUCUGCACUCUUUUGUUUCAAGUUUGUUAUAGUAGGCCUAGAUGGAGUUUUGGCUUACUCAUUUUAGUCUUGCCAUUUUAUUAUUUUUAGGCCUAAUUACUAUCAACAAAAUAAUAUAUGUUUUAAAUUUGUGAGUCGCUGUUAAAAUGGUUGAAAAUCGGUGCUCCGUUCAAAGGGAAGGGGUCUACCACUGGUUCUCGAUAUUGAACUCGGCCCAGAGAGCUGAGUUCCUUUGUGGGCUUUUGGACCUCUGUGUUCCAAUCGAACUACGCUUCCUCGGGUCAUGCUUGGAAGACUUAGCCCGCAAGGACUAUCACUCCCUCAGGGACGCCGAGAUCAAAGCCAACAACCCCGCUGACCUCUCGAACCUUACCAACAUCACCGACGACGUCGUGAGGAGCAAGCUGCUCAUCUCCCUCGCGCUUCUCAACUCCGACAACCGAGAUGCGGCGGGUGUUCUCUUCCGAACGCUCAAGCACAUCGACAGCGUCAUCAACAACUAUGGCCUGCAGCUCAACGAUGGACGAACGGGGGAGCAGUUCCUUCUCCUCUUCACCAUGGCAUCCAAUCAUCCGGCGUUCAGCUUUCACCAGAAACAGGUGCUAAGACAGGAGCUGACCCAGAUCCAGGAGAUCCUGCAGGUCACCUGUAGAGAGCAGCAGGCCGGGACUGGAGGCUGCAGCGGGACUGGCGCACUGGCCACCCUGUCUCCCGCCACUAGCAUCCCUACCUACAUCACUGCGCCCACCCUCAACUCCAGUCAGGAUGGGUGUCCAUGUUGUCAUAAGACAUCGCACCGAGAGGACGGGGCAGGGCGAGUGGACGAGGGGAUUGGUCCAGAACCUAUGCCUCACAUGACAUCUCUCUCAUGCAAGGAGCUGCCAGUCAAGGUGCAUGUUGGGAAACCGGGCAAAGUGAACAUAGAGAGAAUAGAGCUGAGUGGAGUGACUCACAAGGGGGAGAAACCAAGUGAAUAUAUGCUAGAGGUCACAUGGUCAGACUCCUCUGUUUCCACUGUGAGCAGGACUCACCAGGAGGUGCUGAACUUUCUCUCCCAGGUCUCCCAGCUUUUCCCUGAUGAAGGUCUAGAGAAGUUCCUGCUUCAGUCCCUUGGCCUUGAUCAGGCCCCUGAGCUGGACCCCAGGUGCCUGACAGUGCUUCCAGCCCACAUUCUCAAACACUACCAAGCCGAACUCUUCUUCAGCACUGCCACCACUGCCCUCUCCUCCCCCCCCACUGCAAGUCUUGGGUGCUUGUUUCAAUACAGAGGAGCCAACAGGUGGGCUCCCCUCUUUAACACUCAACAUACACUAUAUAUACAAAAGUAUGUAGGCUUUAUGUGGUAUAGCCAGUAUCCAGACAGUCAUGAGCGUUCACAACUCCAUUCAGACUCGCUCUCCGACCCAGCUGCCCCCCCAGGGCACUGUGCCCAUCCUCCCCCCCGGCGGGGUGGGGGUAGCAGGGGGGGACAACGCACUCCUCCCGGCCACCUCCAGAACCCUGGUCCUCCACUGCAGAGCAUCCCAGAACAGAACGGCAUCCUGGACUGGCUGAGGAAACUCCGCCUGCACAAGUACUACCCAGUGUUCAAGCAGUUGACCAUGGAGGAGUUCCUUGGACUCACAGAGGAGGAUCUGAACAAGUAUGACCUCACCCAGGGAGCCAAGAAGAAGCUGAAGACGCAGCUGGAACUGCAGAAGGAGAAGAUGGAGAAGAGGUAUAUGAUGUCCCAGUUCCCUGUGUCCUGCAGUGGCAUCGCCAGGGUUACUCCAUCCAGCCACAUAGGCCCAGUGGCACACGUCUACUCAAGUAGCAACACAGAGCUGUGUGUGGAGGUAGAGACGGGCGUGCACCCUCUCACCCGGGACAGCAGCUCCUCUUCAGGGUAUUCCAGCGCCCCCUCCAGCCCCAUGACCCCUCACUCUCUGUCUUUGUCCCGGGAAGGGGCCUUCGACAGGGCCAAGGAGCCACACAGACGUAUGGAGUCAGGACUAGAACUAGGAGAGAAGGACAGGACUUACGUUCUCCUAAACCCCACCGCUACAACAGGGCCUAGUCGGCCCACUGCUCAGGUUCUGCCUGUGCAGAAUGAUCCUACUCCCUGCCCCUCCCACAUGAGUCUCCCUCCUCCCUCCCUAAACCUACAUUCACCAGGACGCAUCCUGGGUCCCCCCUGUAAGCCCCGGCUACCUCCCUUCUGCCCUGAUGAGCGUGCCAAGCCCCUGGGUUCAGGUGUGGCUGUUGGGGUGCGACUGGAGAGAGUGUUCCCUGGCCUGGGUGUGGACAGUAUGGGGUCCCCUCCCCUUCGCCAGGACUCUGCUGGGCCCCGGGGGCCCUCUGGGGUCACUGUGCUGCGCCCCCCUCCAGUCUUGAUGGUGGACACCAGCUCUGCCCUCACCACAACCUCCAACACCCUGCACCACGUCUCACACCCCCCUCUACACCUGCAGGUGUCCCCCUCUCUACGGCAUACUGGACACUACCCCUACUCUUCUGCCUCCUCCUCCUCUUCCUCCUCAUCUCCUGCCUCCAAGUUAGCUUUUCCGUCUGUGGGUGGCGUUCACAUGGGAACCGCGAGCAGUGUUCCCAUGGCAGCGGUGCCAGGCAACACCUACUGUGUGAACAGUAGCGCCGCUGUCCAACCCAGCUCCAGUCCCACCUCCACGGAGACCAGCAGCUACGCUGUCACUUCUGGCUCCACCCCUAACGCCUCUGUCUGCGUCUGCAGCUCUUGUGGCUGCAGUGGGAACUGUGGCUCCUACGGGGCCCUCCCGGCCAGCUACGCAGGGUACUUCCACCACGCCUUCUCAGGGACGUCAGUGUUCCCCCUGGGGCCCCUGCUUCACCUCAGUCCCCUGCUGGCUGGGAGCAGCACUGCCACCCCCUUCCCCUACCCCCUGGUGGCACCGCCCCUCUACAACAGCAGCAUGUCUCACAGCCAUGACACCCAGGGGCAGCAGGGGCUUAUCCUGCCCCCCAUGCAGGGCUUCCUGGGGGCCGGUGCCAACGUGCACAAGCCUCAUGGGGGGGUGGGGAACGGAGGGCAUAGGAAGCCAGGGAGCCUGUCCUGCUACAACUGUGGGGUCACCGGCCAUCGGGCACAGGAAUGCAAGCAGCCACCCAUGGACGCUGCUCAGCAAGGCACGUUCCGGCUGAAGUAUGCUCCCAAAUCAGACAGCCAGGACUCUGGGGACUAAGAACAAGGAACUCCUGUGACCCCUGUGCACAUCAGCACCUUAUGCUCCUCCUGGUGGAGGAGUCCCUUUCAUUUAAGUAACUCUUUGACUCUUUGAACACACUUUGAUGAUUGGUGAAUGAAUGGUGGCCUGAGGCCACUUAACUCGACUGAUGAAGGUCAAAGCAUGGAGUCGGUUUGGAAGGAGCUAUUUACCCCAGUCCAUCUGUAACAUAUGAUUUUGAUCAUACCAAAUACAAGAGAUGGUCAGGUCUAAACCCUGAGGCCGAGCGUAUACAGUAUUUUCGAAUGGGAAAUGAUUUAGCUGUACAAAACCCACAGUUGAAAAUAUGAUGCAAUACUCCUCACACUACUUGGUACACACCUCAGCCUCACUCAGUCAAUCGGUCAAACUCCACAGACUUACACCUUUCAUAACAACACAUGCGGUAUGCAGAGAUGUCCUUUUAAGUCGCUCUGGAGAUGACAGUUGGAUGUAUCUGAGAGGAUGCUGAAGUGUGAAUGUAAAGACUUACAGUAUAAUAUGACUGCCAAAUAAUGCACAUUGACUGACUACCAAAUCCUUCUCCUCUGGGACAGAGCAGGUCUGUGAGAAACACAGAGGAAGAGAAACGAGUGCUUUAUUCUACACAUCAUUCGCUGUGGGUACUUUGCCCUAUACAGUGCAGGUAUUAAUGGUGAAAGAAAUGGUGCGAGCAUUCUUAGUUUAGAUUUUAAGAUGUGCCAUUGAUAUUUGUGUUGUUUAAUCGUUUAGAAGUUGGAGCAGUCUAAUUUUAUAAUCAUUGUCGAAAUGUGUGUAGGUUUUAGUUGUAUGUAUAAGCUUAUGUAUGUUUGAUUUUAUAACACUUGUAUUUGAUGUGAUGAGGUGGUGCUAUGUAAGAGGAUCCUUUUUGAAAAAGAUUUGAUAUUGAAUGUCAGUGAAUGUGUCCUUGAGUUGCCACAAUGGUGUGGCAUGUGAAAGCACUUUUAUGAGACCGGCUGGUCCCAGUCCAUUGGAUGUGAGUGUGACAUGAGGACCGUAGUCCUCAAGGAUGGACAAGUUAUUCUCGUUUUGUUGUGUUGCACUGGAAUGUUCCUAGCCAGGUCUGGAGGACACAAUUCAGUCAUAAGGGACAUUUCGUUGAAAAUGAUGUUUAUGUACCAAUAAACACUUGCACCGAUUGCUUCAAAUUGGUCAUUAAAGGGCAACUGCACUUCCUACUUUGGCGUCAUUUUAGAUUUGACUCAUUAAGAAAUGCUAGAGGCCAUGACUGAAUUCAAACUGAGUUGGUUUUGGGGUGUGGUUUGAUGUGGAUGUCUUUUGUGUGUGUUCGCAGGUGGGAAGAGUUAGCCAAAUUAUUUCGCCAAUUUGCUUCAGCCAGCUUCUCCGCGACCUCUGCAAAGUUGAUUUGACUUUAGAUAGCCUAUCUUCUGGGCUAGUUAGGGACCGUCAAUAAAUGACACAAUAUAAAUUAGACAAUAUUUUCAUGUUGCAGAACUUUUCGUUUUCAUUAAAUGCUUUCAAUAUUUGCAUAUGAAUUUCUACAAUUUAUAGUUGGUUUGAUGUUUUAAGUCAUUGAAAUGUGGAGCUAUUGGAAUUGUUACAUAUUGUCCCUUGUAUAUUGUGUAAUUUACAGAUGGUCCAUAACUAGCCCCAUAGGGAUAUCCAAAGUCAACCCAAAUUUACCACAGGUAUUACAAUUGUGUUGCGUACAGCUCCACUCUGAAUUGAUGAUUACUUGUGUGCUGUCAGCUGUGGGCACAUGGGCAGGAUUGAAACAAACCCAACCUUAAUUUACAUUGUGAUGCAGUCACGACCACAACACUUACAAAACUCUGUUUUAGACAAGACUGACUUUAUGACCAAAAUUAUCCUAUUUACACUUAGUCAAUUUUGACAGUAUAAUAAAUGUUUCUGACUCAUUUUGAUACCACAUAGGCUGUUUUCUAAAUGAGAAGUUGUUUGUUAGGGGCUGUUGCUCUUUAAGACUGACAAAAUCAGGAUCCUUUGGUUGAAACAGGAAACAGAUUUACAGUAGUUCUAUUCUGCUGGAUGUGAUCUGGUCUGAGGACCGAAUAUCAAGGAAUUGUAGGGCACAAUCAAGGAUUGUAUCUGACUAUCUGUAGAGUAUUGCAUGCUAGGGAAUGUUGUAUUUUGUAUAAAAAAAGUGUCAAAGCUUUGUGGUCAAACCUUUUUACCACAUCUGUACUGUCUAGUUCUCAUGGGAGUAAUAGAGCUUACAGUGAGCACAUUACUGUAACAGUACGCCACAUACAGAACUAGCACGCACCACGGUCACAGAGUAGACAUGAUUAUUUCUCUGGUGGUGCAUUUGUUUUUACAUUGUGCCUAAUGAAUACACCCCGUUUCAUGCUGCAAACAUUGUGUGUAAACCAACAGUUUUCAUUAUAUCAUUCAAAUGAAAGAUACGAUUGACCAUUGGAAAUCAUGUUUGUGCACUAAGCUGUUUAUCCUGGAUGCCUUAGCAACCCUGUAUGGUACAACCAUUUACUAAAGAAAAUGUAUGGCCAUAAUAAAAUGACACCAUAUUUUUGAUUCUGGAACUGGUUCACCUUACUUGGUUCCAAUGAGGUUGUUGUCAAACAUACAUGACACCCCCCUGUCCAAAAGACAAAUCUAAUUAGCUGGUAUUAUUACCAUGUAACAUAGCUAUCUUCUUAGUCAAUAGCUAUGCAUGUUGCUUGAUCUCAAGUAAACAUUUUGUGCAUUUAAAAGGAGUUUUAAAACAUUUGGUAUUAUUUUGAAGCCGAUUUGAGCUUGAAGGGCAUAUCACUUGUUCAUUUUUAUGUACAAUUUUUGUAUUGUAUGGUGUAGUGUGUUAAGAAUUGUUUGUUUUAUAUACUGCAUCAAAAACAUUGUAAAAGACAUUAAAAUGUUUUCGGUUUC